AUGAAUUCUGAUCAUCUCGGCGGUCAAGGUGGCUUGGAAGUUGUUAUCUUUCUUAUUAUUCACUCUAGAGUCUUGAGUCUUGAGUCUGCACCUGCUCCUGCUCCUGCUCCUGCUCCUCGAACAACGCCAACGCCUCCCUCACCCCUCACAUCUUCUCCUCCUUGUAGCUAUCUUGAGACCAUCAAUAAAGUUAAUUCACAAAUUCGACAGGACGACGAACUCUUUCCAGGAGACCCAAGCAAUGCAAUCACAACUUGA